UGUAGCUCAGGGUUGGAGAAUGUGUCGAGUCCUGAACGUCCUGCUGGCGCUGCUGAGCCGCGUCCUGUUCGCGGUGCACGGUGUGGUGACGGUGUGGCGCGUGGUGGCGGUGAAGGGCGAGCCCUGCUAUUGGCUGCUGCUGAUGGGCGUGGCACUGCUGGCUGUGGAGAUGCCCAUCACCAUUAAAUGCACAAGGAACGCAGAGUGGAAAUGGUUCUCUCCGAUGGUCUUCCUGUAUCUCAGCACCGUUAUUCCCUCCAUCUGGUUCCUGGAGCUCAACCUCCUACCGUCUAAACAGCCAAUCAACUCCUCAUCUCCUGAUCUUCAGCUUCUCUCCCACAUCUCCACAGCAGCGGGUCUAUCUGAGCUGGAUCCGGAGAACUGGGCUGCAGGUUUGGAGCAGACCAUGCUCAUCGUUCUGGUUCUGGGUCGCUGGCUCAUGCCUAAAGGGGACAUGUCCCGAGACCAGCUGUCCCAGCUCCUCAUGGUCUACGUGGGACUGGGGGCGGACAUCCUGGACAUCUUCGACACCUUCAAGGAGCCGGAGGUGAAGACCAAGCGCAUCGUCAUCAUCGUAGGGCUGAGUCUCUUCUCCUGGGCUUUAAUGCAGUUUCCUCUGGUUCUGACCCAGACGAGUCCCACCACCCCGGCCCAGGCAGAGACCCAGGACCCAGCAGACGGGGACAGGACAGGGACGUCUACGUCCUGCUGCUCCAGUGAGGUCUGGAGCCUCCUGCUCACCGUCGGGCUGCAGGACGGUCCUUUCUUGGUGUACCGGCUUUACCUGAUGAUCCGAGAGAACGUUCUCAACCAGCUAAUGAUCUUCUUCACCUGUAAGAACAUCCUGAUCGUCCUGCUGGAGCUGUACAGGAUCGGAGUUGUGCAUUUUACUCUGGGAAGUCCUAAAAAUGGAGAUAGGUCACCUGAAGAACCUCAACGCCAGUUUGAAAAGGUGGAAGCUGAAGUUUUAGAACCUAACAGUGAGGAUUAAAUGUCCAGAACAGUUCUAAAUGUCCAGAACUUUAAAACUCUAUCCGGACGAGAUUAGUUUCUAUAAAAAAUAUUUCACACUUCUACUCUUUAGUGAUAAAACUCCUGCAUCCGGACUGCAGUUGAAAAACCAAUGAGGAGGACCAGUGAGUUUUUAGGCUUUUUUUCUCGGUCACAUGACAUCAUCGCAGCGUUCAGUAGCUCCUCCAUUUCCACUCGCUGUUGUGUUUUUAACAUGGAUCUCCGUGGAAACUGUUGCACGCCCAAAGUGUACAGUAAUUAGGGUGAGUGGCAGUGGACAAAUAGCUAUUUUAUUAAAAGCGAGGAGACGAAACUCAGAGAUGAGCGUCCGGACGGGACUAAAAUUACCGGAGGAGCACAGAGUUCAGAGAAAAACAUAAUAAUAUAAUUAUAAUAUAAUAUAUAAUUCAGCCUGUAAUUUUCUCAGAGGACGUCUGAGAAAAACACGUACAUGAUCGUUCUGGACGGAAAUAAAACCACAGAGGAUAAAGAGAAAAUUACCCAGAACCCCCUAAGAAACUAAUCCGAUCCAGAUAGAGUUUUGUUGUCUGAAAGUAUUUUUCCCAGAAAAGUUUUGCAAUUACACAUGUUUUGUUGUACA